AUGGCCAAGAUGGGCAAGAAGGCAGUUCACUUUGGCGCCGGCAACAUCGGCCGUGGCUUUGUUGCUUGCUUCCUCCACAACUCGGGCUACGAAGUCGUCUUUGCCGACGUCAACGGAGACCUGAUUGACACCAUCAACGCUACCCCCUCCUACAAAGUCAUCGAGGUCGGCUCAGAGGGCACCUCAGAAAACGUCAUCACCAACUACCGGGCCAUCAACUCGCGGACUCACGAGGAGGACCUCGUUGAGGAGAUCCGCACCGCCGACGUCGUUACCUGCUCCGUCGGCCCCAACAUCCUCAAGUUCAUCGCUCCCGUCAUCGCCAAGGGCAUCGAUCGCCGCUCCGACGAGGAGACGCCCCUGCACGUCAUUGCCUGCGAGAACGCCAUUGGCGCCACCGACACCCUAGCCAGCUUCAUCAAGGACGCCAAGAACACGGAUCCUGCCCGUCUCGAGACGCACCACCUGCGCGCCCGCUACGCCAACUCGGCUAUCGACCGGAUCGUGCCUGCGCAGGACCCCAAUGCCGGGCUCGACGUGAAGCUGGAGAAGUUCUUUGAGUGGGUUGUCGACAAAACCCCCUUUGAGGACGUUGGCAUCCCGCCGAUCGAGGGCAUCCAGUGGGUCGACAACCUGGAGCCCUUCAUCGAGCGCAAGCUGUACACGGUCAACACCGGCCACGCCACGGCUGCCUACCACGGCUACUACCGCAGAAAGCGCACCGUCUACGACGCCCUCCAGGACAAGGAGAUCAUGGCUGAGGUCCGCGGCGCCCUGACCGAGACCAAGAACCUGCUCGUCGCCAAGCACGGCAUCGACGAGGAGGCCCAGCUCGCCUACAUGAACAAGAUCAUCAAGCGCAUCGGCAACCCCCACUUGGAAGACGCCGUUGAGCGUGUCGGCCGCGCUCCCCUGAGGAAGCUGUCGCGCAAGGAGCGUUUCAUCGGCCCUGCCGCCGAGGCCGCGGAGAACGACAUGCCCGUCAAGUUCCUCCUCGACGCCAUCGAGAUGACGUUCCGCUUCCAGGACGUCGAGGGCGACGACGAGUCCAAGGAGCUCUCGACCAUCAUGUCGGAGAACACCCCCGAGGAGGUCGUCAACAAGGUCUGCGGCGUCCAGCCGACGGAGAAGAUCUACCCUCGCCUGGUCGAGGUUGUCAAGCGUGUCCAGGCCGACAGCCAAGAGGAGUAA